AUUCCAAGCGCACAUUCCAGCUACUCUGCAGUUCGGAAAGAAAAAGAUAUAGCUGCAGGCGGCAUGAUGGGGGUGAAAGUGGCCACUGGCAAGGCUCUGAUGAUACUGGUUGCAGUGUUUAUUAUCUGCGCCGGCGGCGGCGUGGUGGUCUCGCCGGCAGCCGCGGAGGAGGUGCCCCUGGUGCCGGCGGUGUACGUGUUCGGCGACUCUACCAUGGACGUGGGCAACAACUUGUACCUGGGGAACGUUACGCUGCCGUAUCCCCCGUUUCCCUACGGCAUCGAUUUCACGGGCCCCGGACCCAACGGAAGGUUCAGCAACGGAUACAACAUGGCCGACUCCAUAUCGAAGCUGUUGGGUUUCAAUAUGAGCCCGCCGGCUUUCCUGUCGUUGACGCCGGAGACGAGCGUUGAGAUCCUGAAAGGCCUGGGCGGGGUCAACUACGCUUCCGGUGGAUCCGGCAUUCUCGACACCACCAAUAAUGCCGACCUCCCGUUGAGCAAGCAGGUGGAGUUCUUUGCAGCCACCAAGGCAAACAUGACCGAGAAAAGCGGCGGCAAUAGCACCAACAUCGAUGCGCUGCUGUCCAAGUCGCUCUUCCUCAUUAGCGACGGCGGCAACGAUAUGUUGGCGUUCUGGGGGAAUAGUCCGUCGUCGGACAAGGUUCAGCCCUUCUACGACGACCUUCUGUCCAACUACACCAAGUAUGUCAAGAGGCUGUACCGGCUCGGGGCGCGGCGUUUCGGUGUCAUCAACGUGCCGGCCAUCGGCUGCGUGCCGGUGGUGCGGGCGAAAUCCCUGAUCGGUGAGAUCUGCGAACCCUUUGUCAAUAAACUCGCCGAUGGCUUCAACAUCGCCUUGGGCGACGCGAUGGCGAACCUUAACGCGUCGCUGCCCGGGAUGAGGUACUCUGUGGGGAGCUCCUACAACCUGGUGACCAACUUCACGGGGCCGCCGGUGGCCCCCGGCUUCGACGAUGUGAAGAGCGCGUGCUGCGGCGGCGGGAAGUUCAACGGGGAGACCUUUUGCAGCUUACCCAAUACCACCCACUGCGACCACCGCGACGACCAUCUGUUCUGGGACGGGGUGCACUGCACCCAGGCCGCCUCCAACAAGGGCGCCGAGGCCAUCUUUGCCGCGCCGGUAGAGCUAAAUUUCACCGCACCCAUCAAUUUCAAGCAGCUGCUUCUUGAUGAUCAACCCACAAACGUCAGCCGUUAAUUCACUUGCGAGUGGGUGAGUCUCUGUUACUAGCACUUCUGUCACGUUCGUUUUAUCCUUGUUCUCAGUGUCGAGCACAGCAGAUGUGUUGCAUGUGCUCAGUAAGUAGUAUACUAGUUUGGACGUUUUGUAUCGUGCAAAAUAAGGAACCUGACACGUACUUUGUUUGCGUGGAGGUGCGUCGUAUAAGUGGGCUGCAAUGUUACAAGCUGUUCGUGGCAUAGGAGUCGGUCAUGUUUGAUUCCUUACUGAAUAUCCUUACACUGAAUAAAGAAGAGAAACAGGAAAGACGCAAAGAUAACAGCGUCGCAAAAAUCUCGUGUCUUCUCUUAGUGUUCAUCAGGGCCGAUUCUAAGAUUUUGUGGGCCCAGGGCAAACCUGAGAAUCAGGGGCCCCAAAUAUAAGUGUCACACAACAACAAUGACAUUCUUUAAUAUUACAAAUAAACACUUUACUGCACCCAAUUUUGAUAUUUACAUCUAAUAUUUUUUUAGAUAUUAUCUUAAAAGUUUAUUAUAACAUCCCGCUCAAAAUUGGGGAUCGUAAGUUCAUGAUUCGCAUGACACAUGAUCACUCAUUCUUCUAUUGACAUACAUGUGCACAAACAAAAACUCCAAACGUUAGACAUUUGCCGAUCCUAGAAAACAUCCAAAAACCCGACUACAAAUUACCAAACAAAGGCAAAAGGGCAAUAAAUAGAUACAUGACCUGGAGUCUAUUGAAAUAAUUCUCGAUGCAAAUUCACUUAUGAUUGAGUCGGACCUCAAUUUUGCCCAACAGUUUCUUGUAGGUGCAUAAUACUGCCAAACCAUUUAACAGUGCAAGAUACGCAUCAUAUAUUUAUGUGAAGGCAAUUUACUUAAUUGGCAACAUACAUAUAAGGAUUGGGGAAUAGGUAAUAGUAUGAUGAUAUACCUCAUACCAAUCGCAUCUGCUUCCGUGAUUAGACGCUCAGCAACGAGGCACUCAGCGAUAUAGUGUUCCCGUCUGCCAUCCACAUCGCACACCCGGCGCCUGGAAAUUGGAUACCGGCCAGAGGCGCUCGGCGUUGUCAAUUGCCAUGGCCUGGCGAUGUGCGCGAGUCUCUGCUGGCGGCCAGAGACUUGUGAUCGAGAGUUCGUGACGGGGGAAUAGAGAAUAGGGUAGUGAAUUAGCGAUGCGAUCUCACGUCACGAUCGUACU